UUUAAAUAUUUUCAAAAUUAAGAAUAAAACUAUGUUAUUCAUACUGUUAAGUACUGUUAAUUCUAAGACUUGUAAACUCACCAUAGGAAAACAGCUGGAAUAACAGCUAACAAACUCACCAUUAUGCAGAUGUUUUUAGUGUCCAGCUAGUUACUUGCAGAGUUGCGGAAAAUGAGUUCCCUGGAUAGCAGUCAUUAUUGGAAUUACAAAAGAUGUUGCAUUUUAGUAAAUUUUCUCCCAAGCUUAACUUUUACUUUACUCAUUUAAAGAAACCACCAAAAAUUUAAUAAUACUGUUUAAUAUCUGGUGGCAACAAUGAAACGAUAGUUCCGUAAUCGAUAGGUACAACCAUGACCAGUUUGGAAGAUAGUUUGCCAUGGAGAACAAGCAGCGUCUCGUGGUCUACGACUGUGAUAUAGGAACUGAUGAUGCCUGGGGCUUAGCCAUGAUGCUCCGCUCAGAGGAGCUAGUCCUAUCAGGAGGAAGGACCACCAAGGUAUUAGCCAUAACCACGGUGCAGGGCAAUGCGGACGUGGACAACGGCACGCUGAAUGCUUUGAGAGUUUUGCAUACGUUGGACAGGCGGGAUGUUCCCGUUUUCAAGGGCUGUGCCGAUCCCAUAGUGCCACGCACCUGGAAGUAUACUUUGCGUUUCCAUGGUCAAGAUGGAUUCAACGAUGUUGGCAACUAUCCCGAGGUCAGCGAGGAAAAAGAACUACAGCCCGAGCAUGCCGUGAAUGCCAUGUACCGUCUGGCCAGCCAGAAUCCCGGUCAAGUGGACUUCCUGCUGUGCGGACCACUCACUAACUUUGCCAACUGCAUUAAUCUGUAUGGCAGCUCGUUUCUGGACAAGAUUGGCGGUGUCUAUAUAAUGGGCGGCAACAUUUUCGGCAAAGGCAAUGUCACCAAGAGUGCCGAGUUCAAUUUCAUGAUGGAUCCAGAGGCGGCGCACAUUACCCUGGAGCGAUUGUCAAAGCCAGCUGUAAUCCUGCCCUGGGAGCCGUGUAUCGAUGGUGAAUUUGGCGCUACUGUGGACUGGCGUUUAAAUGUCCUCGGAGCUGUUGAUCAUCCCUUUGUGGAGCUACUAACUCGUGUAGAGCGUUCAAUGAUGGUGCCGCGGGGCUUUGUGAAAUGGAUUAGCUGUGAUUCCUUGCUCACGGCCACCUAUCUCUUCCCAGAUGCAAUGAUUGACGAUCAGCGGGAAUACUAUGGUACCGUGGAACUGAGUGGCAUUCAUACCCGUGGCCAGAUGGUGCUGGAUCACCUGCACGGCCGUAAGGUGGAUGCCAUCCAUGGAAAGGAGACAAAUGUUCGCGUUGUGAGGCGACUCAAAGGAGAACACUUCUGCACGAUCAUCGCCUGGACGGGAUUUCUACCCAACACCGAUGUCGCACAUUUGUGUGUUUAACAAUCUAUUAAAUAUUUGAAGCAUC